GUCUACGAGAAGAAAAAAAGGGACAGUUUUAAUGGAGAAAAGUCAAAUAUUACUUGUGCCAUAAAUUACCAAAGUCACUGCUGGGAAUCGGCAGAAUCUGUUGGCGGCCCUCUGGGGGCUUAGCUGUCAGUUUCCCGUUAGAAGCGCUUUCAGAAACUCCCUGCACCCACGCUCCUAAUAUGGUCAUCGGCUCAGGGCUGUUCCGGUCUCAAAUCGUCUGUUUCAUUCAAUAUUUACGGUGCCUUCACGUGCUAUCGAACAUAUUCGGCUAGGAGUCAUACUCUAGUUGAAGACACAUUCGCAAUCGGACAACGUAGCUGAUUGACACUAAGGGAAUAAUGCACUUUUAUAUCAGUUACCAACAGUGGCCGCUUGAAAAGGCUGUUUUCUUUUAAUCACCGGGUCAACGCCGGAACGUUUCUGCUUUCUAAGCGCUUCAGUGUAGCGACACGGGCUCGGAAAGUGAAACUAACAACCUGCAUUUGAAGGCAGCACGGCCCCCGCGUCGCCCUUGAUCCGCCAUGGGUCAGUUUAAAAUAAAGAGAAAGUGAAAGCAGCAAGGGCAGAAUGUUGCAUCACCGGCUGUUGAAUGCCAAGCCUCCUGCGCUCAAAAGCCUCCGGACACCCCGGGUCGGUGCCUCACUUCGGGCAACACAUCCACAGAAUCCACAAAUCACCAAGCAACCAGCGGGCAUUGGUUUGCACCACAGCAACUACCUGCUCGGUAGCCUGCACUCCCCCUUUUCUUCCUGGGUCAUUCAAAGUUCAGUCCAGGCUGCGGCGGGCAGCGCCGGCCGGCCGCCACCCCUCGGACUUUGGAUGUCAGUGGUUUCACUUGCGGGCAUGCUGCGCCGAUGAUCCGGGCUGGGUGAGGAUUUCAGCCCUUUCCGACCUACGGGCUAGCCGGUCCGCCGCAGGGAGGGGGCAGGCGGGAGAGGGAGGGGGGAUGUCUCCGUUAUACAUGGACACCAGCUACGAGUUGAACAGCCCGAGCUCCCUGUCCGCUGAGGAGUGGAACAGCAACACGGCCGGAUCGGAGAGAGAAGGAGAGGGACAACAGGUGGAAAAAAGGGGGAUAAAAAGACGAGAGAAGAACAGAGACGCGGCCAGAAAGUCCCGCCGUAAACAAACAGAGAGAGCCGACGAACUUCAUGAGGAGCUUCAAUGUCUUGAGCGAUCAAACUCAGCCCUUCAAAAGGAGGUUGCUGCAUUGAAAAAAGACCUCCACCGCUAUACGACAGCUCUGGAGAAUCAUGAACCUUACUGCCGCCUCAAAGCCUCUGGGUCAAGCGCCAGUUCAACAACACACCUCUCAGUUUCCCCCUCAGCUGUUCGUCAGACCAGUUCAAGCCCUCCUAUAGUUGCUCCGCAGGCCUCAAGUUCCUCUUUGGCUACUACCCCUUCAAUGUCUACCUCCCUGACCUCUAGCCUGGGUCUUCAAACCCUUGACUGUGUUGAAAAUACUCAUCUCUCAUCUUCAGCCUCUGCUCCAACAGCUACAACAUUAGCCUUGUCUUCUUGCUCGUCUUCUGUAGUCGCCAUCAAAUCCUCCUCCAGCCCUGAUACUGUUCCUUAUUCAUUCUCGUUUUCCACAUUCCCAGCUCCCCACUCUUUGUUUAGUGAAGAGUCUCCAAUUACCUCUAGGCCAACAAAUGUUACGGCUGCCUGCACUAGCCUUGUUUCAACCCCUAUUCCCUCCAUCGCCCCCACCACAGCUGCUCAGCCUCAAUGUGGGCAAGAGGCCAUCCAUGAAACUUCUUCUGUGCCGGCAAAUGCAUGUUUCUCUACUCUUAAUUCUGGCACAUCGGAUGCGUCUUCCAUUAUACAAACCUCUUUUUUAACUGCUUCACCUAAUGCGGUGCCCCCUUACUGCCAUUUAGCAGGAGAAAAUGAAGGUCUAGUAGCACAAGGUUGUCCCGUGAAUGUGCCCCAGCUGCAUCCAGGUCACUACAGUGGAAAUCCAGACAAUUCAAGUUUGCUGUGUACUCUUUUACCGUCAACUCUUCAAGAUCCUGCUCUUCAGUCCUUUAAAGUAUCACCUUUGGCAUAUUUAGAGCCAUCUCCUGCCCCUGCCUUUGCAUUAAAGCCAAGUUGCAGACAGCAAAUGACACCCAAUCCCGUGUGUCUUCUCUCCCUCCUCACCAUCCCGAGUCCUCUUAACGUCUCUGAAACUACCUCCAACAGCUCUGACGGACUUAUCUGUCAACCUCUGCCUUCACUGCCACCGUUCGGUGAUCCCUCAAGUGACCUUUCCCUUACUGAGCUCCUGGAAGUCAAUGAUUGGAUCCUAAAUGGGACUAGUAAUCAGUAGCACUACAUGCCACAUGGCAAAGGAGGACCAGCAUCGCAAUGUUGAAAUUGUCAUUUAAUUUACAUGUUUUGAGAUGUUUAAAUGAACUCUGAUUAUUUCAGUCCCAGGCAUCUUCCAAAAAACCCAGCUGUUUAGCUUGUUAGGCGUCAAAAUACAGUGCAGACCAGCUACAGCAAGAACUGUAAAAUGCAAGGUUUUUAUAGACAGAUAUUCACAUCUGACAUCCAGGUGGGUGGACAUCCAGCAGAGGCCAAGAUAUCCUGAUGUUUAGUUCCUGUAUGGAUUAAGCUCCAACAAAACUGGAUCCAAUUAAUUUCCCAUCAUGCAACCAAUAUGAUGUUUUAUUAGACCCUCCAUGCCAGGGAAAAUAAACCAAUGUUUUUCAAACCCAGGCCUUCCGAUAUAAAUUUGUAUCCUCCAAGCUGAAGACAUCACCAUGACAUCAUUAGGAACAUUUUCUCAGACUCGGCCAAGCUCCUCCAGAGCCACAGAAGACAUUAUACAACUGUUUCCAAAAGCUUGGUAAUACUCCCCAUGAUUGAUAAUCUAAUGUUUAUAUCUGAAAACGGUGGAGUUUCCUUUUCAUAACAGCAAAGAACACAGACAACUAUGUAAAGCCUUCCUACGGUUUCUCAAGACUGUCUGAGUCCAUAGCUUACAAACCAUUGUAGUUAUAUUCAGUGCAAACAUUUUCACAGUUUUGAAUAUGUGAGAAUCCUUUCUUGCUUAACUGACUCAACAUCUGAAACUUUGACUUGUAAUUUUAGAUUGGGUUGGAGUAAUCACUUCCCCCUCUCAACAUCAAGGAAAUGCCAUCAGGAGAAAUUUCCAUCUUUGUCCGUAGCUGCAGUGUGAACAUAUGACGGUGCCAAAGUUAACCACACAGCCUGCAUGUUGGCUACAAGUUACAGUCAUCAUGAUUUAAUUAUAGGAAAAUGUAUUCUUUUUUUCACCUCAUUGAAAAUACAUAUUUCAACACACGCUCUCUGCACACAGUCUUGCUGCUGCUACAGAUGAUUUAUUAAUGGCUUGCAAUAUUUUAAUCCAAGAAAAAAUUAAAAUCAGUCAUUUUGCUGAUAGUUCAUUUGGUUUUUUUUCGUACUUUUGGUAUUUGUAUUUUUUAUCUGUCUUAAAUUCUGGUUUCACAUUGCAUAUACUGCAACCAUAGAGGGUCAAUAGGGUCCUACAGCUCAUUUUUGCCCUCUAGGGGCCCCCCUAGUGGUAAUUUCAGUCAUGAUUUCAAUUUUGGUGACAAGACCCUUAUUUGUGGUAACUACUACUACUUCAGGGAGGCUUCAUUAAGUGUGAUGAUGAUGAUGAUGAGGGUGAUCGAGUGAGGCACAGAUCUGGUGGCCCACCAACAUCCUCACCCCUGAGGGUCUAAAGCUAUGAUAAAAAUGAUUGUAUAACUGAUAAUCCCCUCAUUGUGCUCGUUAAAAUGAGUCAAAUGAGAGCAAUAAAUAAAUGUUUCCUUUUGACUCCCUUUCCCUGUAACACUAAGGGGACAAAGAAGCUGCUAAAAUGGGCUAUAGGAACUAUUGUUAUAAGGAAAUGGAUUUUUAUUUUUUUAUUUUUUUAACUGGGAUCUUGCGCUGUGAUUGUAUUAUGCUGACGAUUUUGUUGUUUUCAGAUGAUGAUUUAUGUAAUUAUUCUGCUUUAUAUACAGUAUAUCUAUAGUUAUAUAGGAAAUGCUUUUGAUUUAGAGUGGGACUUUGGGUGUGUGUGCGAGUUAUGACCAUUUUGUAUUUAUCAUGGAUUAGAUUUAUAUAUUUAUGCUAAAAUAUUGAUUGCAAUAAAAAAGCUAAUUACAAAUACAAUUUUUUUU